AUGGUGAGAGCGGCUCGGGUCUGAAGUCGCUGCCGGGCCUUUUUUUGAAGUGAACGAGGUGAUGAGAGGCAGUAUGAAUCGAGAAGCCGAAGCGCCUUCGGCCUCAGGCUCAAGGAGGAGAGCCGGAAGCUGCCCACCUCAGGGUCGAACGCCUCCAGGCCCUACGAUCAGUUCGGCCGCGCGCAAUGCGAUUCGCAGUGGCCUUGUUGCUGCGUCACAGUUUCGGGGAACAGAGCUCAGUGGCUGGCCACUGGCUGCUGGGUUAGGAAGCAACAUCACUGCGCGCAUCAUUAGUACAGAUCGUGGCAAUAUUGACCUGAGUCAUCGCCCGCCGGGAGUUCCAGGGACUCUACAGCUGACUGUCUUGGUUCCCGUCUUGCUCAACACGCCUAGACGGACUCAAGAAGAUGUGGCAGGUAUUGGAACCACCUGGACCUUGGGUGAUGCUGAGAUUAGUGUGCAGCCUGAGAUUUUAUCCAAGUUGAAGAUCACGGUGGACGAUGGCGAAACCCAGGUCGCGUCCUCGAGCAGUCUUUGCGACAGCUGUGGCAUAUGCCUACAGCCUUUUCAACCAGGAGAGAACCUGACGGCGUUGCCAUGUGCUACAGACAUUUGCCCUUCUGUCUGGCACGCUGAAUGUGUUCGCAAGUGGUUGUGCCAGGGGCAGACUCCAACGUGCCCACUCUGCCGCUCCAGCAUCGAAACGGCCGACUCCAGUUCUGCGCAAAGCACAAGCCCAUCCUUUGCCUUGGAGGUGCGAGCAGCGUUGCCACUCUCUGCCACAUCAGGUCUUCAAGCAGCCUUUUCUUCAGGCCGUGGCACCUCCAAUCAACUUUUGCAGCAGCUGGGACAGGUGAUCAUUCAGGACAUCCUGCUUUUGACACUGUCGCAGCACACAGGCGUCUCUGGCAGCUUAUCUUCCACUGCAUCCCUGCCUCAUUUGGCCGGGUCUGGGCUCUUAAAUGGAGCUACGGCCGAUGCAUCGAGCGCCUUGGCAGAUUUGGGAGGCCUUCUGCUCCAAACCUUGACCACCAAUGGCACCUUGCCGGUGACGCUGAGUGCCGUGGAGACCUGGGCACCAGGCACCGGGAGCCCAACGCACUCGGAAACACGCAGCGCGUCUGAGAACAAAGGUCGGGGCCGAGGCAAUCGCAGCAAGGGCCGGGGCAAAGGAAACCGCAGCGAGCUGAGCCAGCGAGGCGCAUGGCACCGAACCACACCCUCUGGUGCUUGGCAACAUUUGACUGAGGAGGACAUCGGAGCGCCACCUCGGUGGCAAACUCGACAGAGGCAUUCAAACACGGAGGCCUCCUCAUCUGGGAGUCACUGGCGCGGUGGGCCGAGGCAUGAUGCUGUCGAGGAACCUGCAGCUCCAAGUCAUCGGCGCCAAAGGUAUGCGAAUGAUUAUGCAGAGGCCUCCUCAUCUUCAAGCCAUUGGCAGGGUCGACAAAGGCAUGCCAACGCAGAGGCCUCAUCUUCGAACCAUUGGCAGGGUCGACAAAGGCAUGCGAAUGCAACGGAGGAAGUCUCGGCCUGGGGUUCCCAAAGGUACAUGCAGCAACAUCACGCUGCCCCAGCCCGUAGAUCCUUUCAUCAAAAUGCAAAAGGCCAUGGCAAAGGGGCCUCUGGGUAUGGCCAGAGAUCCGCACGGACCUGGAACUCCUGGAGCGAUUGGACUCACUGGGACGGUGCGCAGAGGUGAACCUCGCGAAGCUCCAAGGACUUGCCGUCCGGCAAGUCAGUGGGGUCAGUGAUUCAACGCGCCAGAG